GCGGGGCAAGACUUAGGGAGCAGGUGCGAAGUGCCAGCCCGCUGUGGAGCGCGUGGGCCCCGUUCGCCCGCCCCCUCACUCUGGUCCUUCCGGAGCCAGGCCGUUCGCCGCGACCCACGCACGUGGUUUGCAAACUGCGGGAGUCGCGCGUCAGUCGGAUAGCUGGAGCGGCGGGGUGGCCUGACGGACUGCUCCCGGAGCCCGGCUCUGCUGGGCCCGCCUACGCCCGCGACUCGCGUUGGCCGGGAACGAGAGGGCGGGACAUAGGAGCGUCUCUACCAGAGUCGGGCGUGCCCGAGACCGCAGGGCGGGGUGUUUGGUGACACUCCCUGGCGGUGACAGCGGGCGUAGCGUGGGAGGCGGACUUUGGCGACUCUCCCCGGCAGUGACAGGCGGGCGGCACGCGGGCGGCUGACUUUGGCGACGCUCCCCGGUGGUGACAGGCGGGGCGGGGCGGCGGCUCGGCGGCCCAUUCCGGGGCUGGCGGGCGGGCGAGCGGGCCGGGACGGUCAGGGAUGCCGCUCGGGGCGCCGUGGUCCUCCUGCCAGUGAGCGCCGCGCGCCGCCGCAGCCAUGACGGUGGAGUUCGAGGAGUGCAUCAAGGACUCGCCGCGCUUCAGGGCCACCGUCGAUGAGGUGGAGACUGACGUGGUUGAGAUCGAGGCCAAGCUGGACAAGCUGGUGAAACUGUGCAGUGGCAUGAUCGAGGCGGGCAAGGCCUACGUCACAACCAACAGGCUCUUCGUGAGUGGCGUCCGUGACCUGUCCCAGCAGUGCCAGGGCGAUGCUGUCAUCUCGGAAUGUCUGCAGAGGUUUGGAGACAGCCUGCAAGAGAUGGUGAACUACCACAUGAUCCUGUUUGACCAGGCCCAGAGGUCUGUGCGCCAGCAGCUCCACAACUUCAUCAAGGAGGACGUGCGGAAGUUCAAGGAGACCAAGAAACAGUUUGACAGAGUGCGAGAGGACAUGGAGCUGUCCCUGGUGAGGAAUGCCCAGGCCCCGCGGCACCGGCCUCAUGAGGUGGAAGAGGCCACAGGUGCCCUGACCCUUACCCGGAAGUGCUUCCGCCACCUGGCGCUGGACUACGUGCUCCAGAUCAACGUCCUCCAGGCCAAGAAGAAGUUUGAGAUCCUGGAUUCUAUGCUGUCUUUCAUGCACGCCCAGUACAGCUUCUUCCAGCAGGGCUACGGCUUGCUGCACCAGCUGGACCCCUACAUGAAGACGCUGGCCGCCGAGCUGGACCAGCUGGUGAUCGCCUCAGCGGUGGAGAAGCGGGAGAUGGAGCGUAAGCACGCGGCCAUCCAGCAGCGGACGCUGCUGCAGGACUUCUCCUAUGACGAGCCCAAAGCACAGUUUGAUGUGGAUGCGCCAAGUGGUGUGGUGAUGGAGGGCUACCUCUUCAAGAGGGCCAGCAACGCCUUCAAGACCUGGAACCGGCGCUGGUUCUCCAUCCAGAACAGCCAGCUGGUCUACCGGAAGAGGCUCAAGGACGCGCUGACUGUGGUGGUCGACGACCUGCGCCUGUGCUCCGUGAAGCCCUGCGAGGACAUCGAGCGGAGGUUCUGCUUUGAGGUCGUGUCACCCACCAAGAGCUGCAUGCUGCAGGCCGACUCAGAGAAGCUGCGGCAGGCCUGGGUCCAAGCGGUGCAGGCCAGCAUUGCCUCUGCCUACCGGGAGAGCCCAGACAGCUGCUACAGUGAGAGGCUGGACCGUGCGGCAUCCCCGUCCACCAGCAGCAUCGACUCAGCCACAGACUCUCGGGAGCGCGGCAAGGGUGAGGGUGUGCUGCAGCGCAUGCAGAACGUGGCUGGCAACAGCCAGUGUGGAGACUGCGGUCAGCCAGACCCCCGCUGGGCCAGCAUCAACCUGGGCGUGCUGCUCUGCAUCGAGUGCUCAGGCAUCCACAGGAGUUUGGGUGUCCACUGCUCCAAGGUGCGGUCCCUGACACUGGACUCGUGGGAGCCCGAGCUGCUGAAGCUGAUGUGCGAGCUUGGGAACAGCACUGUGAACCAGAUCUAUGAGGCCCAGUGUGAGGGACUGGGCAGCAGGAAGCCCACAGCCAGCAGCCCCAGGCAGGACAAGGAGGCCUGGAUCAAGGACAAGUAUGUGGAGAAGAAGUUCCUGAGGAAGCCACCCUUGGCACCAGCCCGGGAGGCCCCACGUCGCUGGAAAGCGCAGAAGUGCCAGCACCACCACAGCUCCCCCCAUGUCCCCACCGCCCGCCGCAAGGUCCGGCUGGAGCCUGUCCUGCCCUCUGUGGCUGCUCUGUCCUCAGGCACUGUGGAGCGAAAGUUCCGGAGGGACUCGCUCUUCUGCCCAGAUGAGCUGGACUCCCUCUUCUCCUACUUUGAUGCUGGGGCUGCUGCAUCUGGUCCACGCAGUCUGAGCAGCGACAGCGGCUUAGGGGGCAGCUCCGACGGCAGCUCGGACAUCCUGGCCUUCGGCGCCAGCUCCGCGGUGGACAGUGUCACUGAGGAGGAGGGCGCAGCAGAGUCGGAGGAGUCCAGCGGCGAUGCGGAUGGCGAGGCCGAGGCCGAGGCCUACGCCUGGGGCCUGGCGGACGUGCGCGAGCUGCAUCCUGGGCUACUGGCGCACCGCGCAGCGCGCACCUGCGACCUCCCCGCGCUGGCUGCAGCGCUGGCCCACGGGGCCGAGGUCAACUGGGCCGACGCGGAGGAUGAGGGCAAGACGCCGUUGGUGCAGGCUGUGCUAGGGGGCUCUUUGAUCGUCUGUGAAUUCCUCCUGCAAAACGGGGCGGAUGUGAACCAAAGAGACAGCCGGGGCCGCGCUCCCCUUCACCACGCCACGCUCCUGGGCCGCACUGGCCAGGUCUGCCUGUUCUUGAAGCGGGGGGCGGACCAGCACGCGGUGGACCACGAAAAGCAGGACCCGCUGAGCAUCGCGGUCCAGGAGGCAAACGCCGACAUCGUCACGCUGCUCCGGCUGGCCCGCAUGGCUGAGGAGAUGCGCGAGGCCGAGGCUCCCGCGGGCCAGGCAGGCCUCCUGGCUGGCAGCAGCCCCACGGAGCUCCAGUACCGCAGGUGCAUCCAGGAGUUCAUCAUCCUCCACCUGGAGGAGAGCUAGGGCGGGACUGGCCCGGCUGCCAAACCGCCUUGGGCUCUCACCCUGCCUGUGCCUGGACAGCCUGGGCCCAGCUCCUGAGGGCGCCGGUGCUGGGCUCGGGGAGCCCCAGCCGCCUGCUCUGCCGUUGGUGGAGCUGCCGGACCCCCGGGGCCCCAGCACUGAAUCUUCUGAAGCCCCAUGUUCCCUGGGAGGCGCUGUGUCAUCCGGGGCCCCUCACCCCACGCGGGGACCCUGUGUCUCUAGGUGACCCCUUCCUCGGGGGUCUGGGUCGCUCAUGUCAAAAACCACUCUGAAGGCCCCGAGUCACCUUGUGCCCCUCUGUCCCUGUGCCCCUCUCCCUGCCCCCUGCCUGUGUCACCUCCUGCUCCCACCCUUACUGCCCCAGAAUGCUGACCUGCUAGUUGGGUCUCUCCUAUACACCCCCAGAGCCCCUCCAUUGGGCCCUGGCUGGUGGCUGGCCACCAGCGCCUUUCGAGGUCAGAGGGGCAGUCCAUCCAGGGAAUCAACCCGCGUACCUCACUUAGUGACCCCGGCAUCCGGGCUGGGCUUCUCGGGUGCUGGGGGCAGAGGCUCUGGCCUGGGGCCUCAGCCCUGGCUGGAUGCAAGCAUCCUGAGGCCACAUGGCUGGCCAUGCCGGCCCCAGUGCUGGCAGCCCUAACCCACCUCCUGCAGAGGUACUUGGCCCAAAGCCAGCGCAUAAAGGGUUUUGUCACUGUC